AUGCUUACUUUGAAUCAUAACGCCAAUGGUAUUGUGAUGUGGGAUUAUCCGUCAGAUACAGAGCUGGAGAAGGUGACGAAUGAGUUCAGUCGGGCCCUUGCCGGUGAGAAGAUUGUACGGCGUACUUUGAGAACUCUAACUGUUGUAUUUGAAGCAUCAAUUUCGAAGAUAUAUGUGGCUGGGUGGAGGUUUGGAGAUCGUAUGCUUGUCAGCAUUCUGUCACUUCAAGUUCCGUCCUCGUCUGCGCAGGUGACUGUUUCAUUGCGGGAGGGGGCUCGUGGUAUGAGUAAAGUUCUUUGGGGGACUGGGGAGUGGAAUUUGGGUUAUUCUUGUCUGGUCAACGAUGGUAGACAUGCUUUGGAGACCGAUUUGGAGAUUAUUGGGGUUUGCAGUAACAAUGAAGCUAUGGUGGUAGUUCAUCCCUCGUCUGUGGAGAUACAAUGGAUAACGGAGAUCGGUGGGGCAUAG